AUGGCAACCUCUACAAUUGCUCUUUCUUCUUCGUCUUUCGCCGAAAAGAUGGUGAAGCUCUCAUCGUCUGCCUCCGAGAUCACAGGCAAUGGAAGAAUCUCGAUGAGAAAAACUGUUACCAAGCCAGUUUCGCCUGGUAGCCCAUGUUGGGAUACUGCUGAGCUCUCAGCAGAUCCAAAAACUUCCUCUAAGAACUGUGAGCUUAAGAUCUUUAGCGAAGGUGGGCUCGACUAUUUGGGUAACCCAAGCUUGAUACAUGCUCAGAGCAUUUUGGCUAUCUGGGCUUGCCAAGUUAUCUUGAUGGGAGCUGUUGAGGGCUACCAUGUGGUUGGAGGGCCACUCGGUGAGGUAGUCGACCCACUUUACCCCGGUGGAAACUUCGACUCAUUGGGACUUGCUGAUGAUCCAGAGGCUUUCGCUGAACUUAAAGUGAAAGAAAUUAAGAAUGGAAGAUUGGCUAUGUUCUCCAUGUUUGGAUUCUUUGUUCAGGCUAUUGCAACUAGAAAGGGACCAUUGGAGAACCUUGCUGAUCACCUCGCAGAUCCUGUUAACAACAAUGUUUGGGCCUAUGCCACAAACUUUGUCCCUGAAAAGUGA